AUGGGGCCGUUCUGUGGUCAUGGAUUCAUCACUACAGAUGGAGUUACAUGGCAAAAAGCUAGAGCUCUCCUCCGUCCAAGUUUUAGCAAGUCGAAUAUUUCGGGUUUAUCUGCAUAUAAAGUUGCGGUUGAGCAGUUUCUUCGAUAUAUUCCAGACAAUGGUUGUACUACUGUUGAUCUACAACCUUUGCGUGCAAAUCUCGUAGGUUUUGCACUUCAAAUGAGGUAUCAAAAGGAGGAGAUACUGAUAAAAUUCGAUCUAGAAACAACCUUGAAAUUUCUGAUAGGUAUGUCCCCAAACACCAGCAGUGAAGAUGAAAGGAAGACAGCAACAAACUUCAUUAAAGCUUUCAACGCAUCUAUGAUCGGAACAGGACUCUCGUUUUUGAUAGGCCCUUUUAAAUUGCUCAUCCCGAAAUCACUCACAACUGUUGCUCACAAGCAAGUUUAUGACUACAUUAAUGCAUUCAUUAACAAAGCGUUAGAAAAGACACAGAAAAAGCCCACCAUUCAAGAGAUUUCACAUCUACUGAUGCAAAAGAGUCUUCUAGAGGGUCUGGCUAAGCAGACUGAUGAUCGCAUAGAGAUUCGUCAGAACAUUAUUCAGGGAAUGAUGGCUGCGCAAGGUACCACAUACGUUUUGAUCAGUAACUCGUUGUUUCUCCUGUCGCGUAAUCCGGAUCUUUAUGAAAGACUUCGAGAUGAGGUACAGUAUCUAGACCUUGAGGGGUCUUCUCAAUUAUUUGAUCUACUACGAGAUCACGUUUUCUUUCAGAAUAUUCUGCGCGAAUGUAACUCUUCGCCUAUACCCCGUAUUCCCAAUCAUGAACCGCAUUGCUCUGCGCGAUACAAUACUCCUAGAGAGGAGGCGGCAAAAACGGAGAAUCUCCAAUCUUCGCACCUAAAGGUACAACGAUCUACACAAACCAAUAUACUCUCCAUCGUGACGAGAAAAUCUUCGGAAGCGAGGUUGAAUCUUUCAAUCCAGAUCGAUGGAAUUCCCCAAUUUCAAACCGACUUCGUGGGAAUAUAUGUCAUUUGGUGGAGGACCACGGGCUUGUGUUGGUCAACAAAAAGCGCUGGUAGAGGCGGCGUACACGGUGGCGAAGAUGGCACAGGUGUAGGGGUUGGAGAAAUGUAA